AUGCAGUUUGAUGAGUUGCAAACUAUUUCACAUAAUUUGGGCUACAAAUACGCAGAAAGAAGUAGUUUGAGGCUGCAACAAGAAGAGAAUGAGAACAUGCCUGCUGCUCAAAGGUGUGUGCUUGCAAAGGAUUCUAUUAUGGCCCGGGAAAGUGAAUGUCAGCUUCAAGCAGCCACCACUUUCAAGUCUACAAACCCUUUCUGCACUGUGAAAAUGCAGCCAUCUUAUGUGUCUCGUGUUUUUAGUUUGAAUGUGCCGAGAAGCUUUGCCAGGACAUUUGUGACAGGGACCUAUGAGGAAGUCACACUCCAGGUUCCAGAUGGAAGAAGGUGGCAUGUGUGCUGCUGCCCUUCAUCUGGAGGCGCCACCAAGGUAACAAAGGGGUGGAAAGUGUUUGUACAGGAGAAUAAUUUAGAAGAAGGUGAUACUUGCAUCUUUGAGCUAGUUAAGAAGAGCCCUAUUGAGUUGAAAGUGUUCAUAUACCGACUCACUGAACGUGGCCGCACAAAGAAAUUAGGUAAGUCUGUGGUUGCAUUUGACUGUAACUAUAAAUAGUAAAUUUAGAAAUAAUUAAAAAGACAACUACU